AAUGAAAUUGUUGACAUACAAAAAUUGAAAUGAAAUUGUUGAUUAAAAAAAUCGAAAUGAAAUUGACAGAAAGAGAGAAGGAAAUCACAUUAUAGACUUAAGAAAAAUCAAAAAGGAAAAAACACAGAAGAUGUCGAUGAGUGAGGGGCCCAGAAUUCCAGAAAAACCUGGAAACUUCCACAAGUUUUCAUUUCUCUGACAAUCAAAUUAGGGCUUUUCACUCCAAGAUUCACCUUUCCCAUCAACAAAAUCUCCGUCUUCUCCCACCCCACCUAUCGAAUCGUGAAAUUUUAGGGUUUCGUGUUAUAGCUGAUAAUAAAUAAUAAAUUUGUUACAAUUGAAGAUCCAAAGGGUUACACAAAUGUCAAGUGGUUUUGGAGAAUCAACGAGAUCAUUUCCUCCAAAUCCGUCAUGUUCUUCAGGGAACAAUCCCAACAACGAUGCUGGCGAUUUUGAAUGCAACAUAUGUUUCGAUUUGGCUCAGGAUCCUGUGAUCACACUUUGUGGUCAUUUAUUCUGUUGGCCUUGUCUUUAUAGAUGGCUACAUCAUCAUUCACAUUCUCAAGAAUGUCCUGUUUGCAAAGCCCUUGUUGUUGAAGAGAAAUUGGUUCCUCUUUAUGGUAGGGGAAAAUCGCAAACUGAUCCGAGGACUAAAUCGUAUCCUGGUAUGGAGAUUCCACGUCGUCCUUCUGGACAGAGGCCGCAAACGGCGCCUCCCCCACCUCCUCCUGAGGCGAAUUAUGCUGGGUUUGGAUUGAUGGGUGGGUUUAUUCCAAUGGCAACUGCUAGAUUUGGAAACUUUACGCUUUCGACUGCUUUUGGUGGGUUUAUACCGUCUCUUCUUAAUAUUCAUUUCCAUGGCUUCCAAGAUGCUACUGUCUAUGGGACGACUUCUGGUCAUCCCUUUGGGUUUAACACGUUUCAGGGUGGGAACUCAAGAGGUUUUUCUUCGCAGGCAACUGGGCAAGUGCAGCGGCAGGAGGACAAUGUUUUGAAGAAUCUGCUUUUGCUGAUUGGUGUUUUUGUCCUUCUCACAGUUAUCUUUGUUAUGUAAUGUCGUUUUCUAAUAAGCUUUCACUGUUUUUUUAUUUUUUUUAGUUUUUAAUCUCAUAUGCUAAAUGGAAAUAUUUGUGUCUGUAAAUAUUUUAGUUGGUUUCAACAGAGAGUUCAAUCCUUGAGAAUGCUGCCUGUUAGGCUUUUUAUGAACAGUGUUAUAUAAACAUCUGUAGUUAACUUGAAUGUUGCCUGAUUUGCUUUUUCAUCA